AUGGCGCUGCGCGGACUUGGCUGUAUUCGGUUUGUGCUUCAUAGUCAUCAAUACGCUACAAAAGAAUCUGUACUUCGUUGGCUAUUGCAGUCGGGCUGUUUUAAAUGUAGAGUCGGAGCCAAGCGCUGUCUUCUCUCAGAGGAUGUAGUGAGAUUGCAAGAAUUUCAGCAGAAGAAACUCGCUGUAGCCCAACAAGUGCCUGGAUCAAAAAGGCAGUUUUUUGAUGCAAUAAAUCAAAAAAUGGAAAAGAAUGAAUUGAUUCUAAAGGAUGAACUGAAGCUGCUCCUACUUCUCUGUCAGUCACCUGAUGACAUGGUAACAGCUAGAAAUGCUAUUUACAGGUACCAUGAAGAGAAUUGUAAUAUGGCAUUUGGAGAGUUUAGGUUUGGACCAUUAUUUAUACGGCUGUGUUACGAGCUGGGCCUGGAUAAUUUAGCAGUUGCUACACUAACCGAUAAGAGGCUUAAAGGAUUUUUUCAGGACUGUACAUCCUUUAACAUUGCUAUUGAUUUGCUCUUUACCAAAAAACACUUCGAAGGUGCCCUGAAUCUGGUGAAAGAAAUGAAAACACAGGGUGUGGCUUUCAACAAGGACACAUUCACACUGGCCUUUGCUACCUGCUACAAAUUAAAUACCCCAAAGUCGUACCAGAUAUGCUUGGCCCUGCUGGAGGAGGGUCAGACCAUGGGCAGUAUCAUCCCUAGACAUGCUUAUUGCAUUGCAGUUGCCUUUGCUCUCGAGCAGGAUGAUGUUGAGCAAGCACAAAGUAUAUAUUCUCAGAUCAUGAACACAGACAGCAGACUAUGCCAAAACUUAAGAGUACUUUUGUUGGCAAGGGCAGGAUCAAUAAAAGAUGUGCUCUCAGUCCUCAGAACAGCCAUGUUGUCCAAUAGUUCGGCAUUUGUAAAAAAGCCAGACUUCUGUCAAGAUGUGGUAGAUGUGUUAAGAGAGAGAAGUCAAGAUGGACCAUGGAAGUUGCAAGUGGAGCAUUUGGUGAGGCAACUACAGCAGACAGGUCAGGUGACUAUACAGAGCCUCGACCACUUGUUAUGCCGAACACCUGUUGGGAAAAAAAGGUUUCUGGCAAUUCUGGAAGAUGGAAGCAGGAGGACCACCAGUCGAAGGACUCUGAGACCACUGUUGUCAGAAUAAAAACACACAAUGUCAGUGAAGCCUUGCCUGUAGUUACAGUUCAGUUUUACCCCCAGUGUGAACAGAGCGCCACAGAGUGAUCGUCCAGAAAACUGCAUGUUCAAAAUAAAUGACGGUUCUAGACUCAAGUCUUUUACUUUUGAUUUUGCAGUAUUAUGAUCGUGUUAUGGAAGCAAUGCCAAAUAGGACUUGGGAGUAGCCCAUUAAAUGAAAUACAUCCACAGACUGAUGGCUUCUCUGUGAAAUAUCUUUUGGACAUCCAUAUUUAACCUUUGAACAUGGAAAAUAGUUUUGACAAUAAAGAUAAAUAUUAAAAA